AUGAGGAAAAAUGGGUAUUAUCAGAGUCAUUCUGAUCACACUCUAUUUGUGAAGCAGAGGAACGAUAAAGUAACAACCUUAAUUAUUUAUGUGGAUGAUAUAAUAAUAACAGGGGAUGAUUCAGAAGAGAUUGUACAAUUGGAGAAGAACCUUGCGGCUGAGUUCGAGAUGAAGAGUUUGGGUGACUUAAAGUAUUUUCUAGGAGUUGAGGUGGCUUAUUCGUCCCAAGUCGACCCAGGGAAAGGAAUCUUGUGUAGAACUUCGGGUCAUCUAGAAAUUGAGGGGUUCACUAAUGCUGAUUGGGCAGGUGAUGUGACUGAUAAGCGUUCUACUUCUGGAUAUUUCACGUUCGUUGGUGGAAAUUUGGUCACUUGGAGAAGCAAGAAAUAG